CGUCACUAUACGCGUUUGCUACGUCAUUGUUGUGCGCCCGCGCUUGUUUGGUGUUUCAAUGAAACCUAUACCACAUAACUAACAUUUUGGACGUCAUAAAGCACCCUGUGAGCGCAGUUUGAGCCAGAGAGAGUUCACUCGUGUCUCGAGAGUCUGUGAUAAUCUUCUCUCUUCAGAUGCCGCUGCCGCCAGCUUUACUCGCGCGCCUCGCUAAAAGAGGGAUCGUCAAACACUCAGACCACGAGGCUGAAGAGGAGAUCAUCGCUGAAGACUAUGAUGAUAACAACGUUGAUUAUGAAGCUACCAGGAUUGAAAAUUUACCAACGAAUUGGUACAAAGUUUUUGACCCCGCUUGUGGACUUCCUUACUACUGGAAUGUAGAGACAGAUUUAGUGUCCUGGUUGUCCCCCAAUGACCCAGUGGCUGUCAUCACCAAAGCUGCAAAGAAGCAGAAAGGUGAGACUGGACAUGACAAAGGGGACGGCCACUACGAGAAGGCAGAGAGAGACAGGGAUCGAGACCGAGAGAGGGACAGAGAGCGCGAUCGGGAGCGGGACAGAGACAGGGAGGACGGACGGGACAGAGAUAGAGACCGAGAUAGGGAUAGAGAUCGAGAGCGGGACAGAGACCGGGACCGAGACAGACGGAUGCGGAGAGAAGACAGUGCACCGUAUAGCAAAACAAAGAGAGGAGGAUUAGGAGGAGGUCGGAAACAGCAGCAGGAGGAAAUGGAUCCCAUGGAUCCCAGCGCCUAUUCAGAUGCUCCGAGGGGCUCAUGGUCCACUGGUCUCCCCAAACGCAAUGAGGCAAAGACAGGAGCGGACACCACAGCGGCAGGACCCCUGUUCCAGCAGAGGCCGUACCCCAGUCCCGGAGCCGUCCUGAGAGCAAACGCUGAGAACACGAGACGCUUGGAAGAGGAGGAUGAUGAUGACGAUGACGACUGAACAGGAGAAGUGUGUCUGUAAAGCCUUUAUGAUUUUUAAAAGGCUCUUGUAAUAUCUUUUCUAACAUUUGGAACAAAUAUUAAUUUGUAAAUAUACCAUGUGUUUUGUGUUAUACAUUUUAUAAACAAUCGCCAUUUUACUUAGGAUAGUGAUGAUCCCUGCAAAAUAAACAUUUUGUUUAAAGGCGCA